AUGACAUCUGCAACGGAGGUUAGCUAUGGCUUCAUCGGCCUAGGUCAGAUGGGCUAUGGGAUGGCUCAAAAUCUUCGUAGGAAGACGCACCCAGCUUCCCGCUUUAUCAUAUGCGAACUGGAUGCACAUAGACGCAAUCAAUUCAUGGAGGAGACUGAAGGAGUUGUCGAAGUAGCAGAUACCCCCGCGGCAGUGGCUGAACAAUCGGAUGUCAUUAUCACUAUGCUCCCAAAGGGUGCGCAUGUGCUUGACGUUUUCACGAAUUUGUCAACAGGUUUGCUCUCCAUCCCAAAGAAAACGACGGCAACGUGUUUUAUCGACUGCUCCACCAUCGACGUCGAAACCAGCCUCCAGGUGAAGGAAAAGGUUUUCGAGCGCCAGGCUGGUACUUUUAUAGACGCGCCCGUCAGCGGCGGUCCGAAUGGAGCACGAGCAGGUGCCUUGACUAUCAUGGUCGGCGGGCCCGAGAAUGCAUAUGCUACGGCAUUAAGUGUUUUACAAACCUUCGGACGCAGCGUUUUCCAUUGUGGUCCAUCCGGUGCUGGUCUGGCGACAAAAUUCAUUAACAACUAUCUGAGUGCAAUCACCACAAUCGGAACAUGCGAGGCUAUGAACAUUGGUCUCAAAUAUGGACUGGAUCCCAAGGUCCUUGCGGGCGUCAUCAACUCGAGCAGUGGGAGGAAUUACAACAGUCUGGAGCAGAACCCUGUUCAAGGCGUAACACCUGGUGCCGCCAGUGAAAACAACUUCGAGGGUGGGUUCAGUGUAGAGCUCUCAAAAGGUGUCUUGGAGAUGAGUGUUUCCUUAGCACAUCAGGUCAAAGCACAGACAUUGAUGGACGAAAUUAUACUGAGAGUUUACACGAAGGCAGUGAACGACAGUAGAACUGCCGGGAAAGACUCUCGGAGUGUCUUCAAGCUGUUCAUAGAUGGCGAUGCAUGA